UUCAUUUCUUAAAACUCCUCCUUGUUGUUAAAGGUUUUUCAUUUAUUCUCUCCACGUUUGACCGUUAGAGUUGAGAUUGAAAAUAUAUUUCAUAGUGAUAUCCGCAUGGCUCUGACUGAACUUUCCCUCUGGAGGUGUAGAAGUCUCUCUAGGUAUUGGGAAGCAUAUAACUGCUCUACUCUUCUCCCAUAAAUGAAUAGCCAUGGACCAGAUCACUUUUCAUCAUGAUACUGUUCUGUCUGAUGUCCACAUGCUGCUGCCCAAUGUACGCCACCUUAUGACGCGCCUCAACGGUGUUGGACAGCCUGUCUUCAUCUCUAAAUUCAAGAUAAUGUCAGAUGGGGAAAGGAAUGAGAAAAACGACCUAUGUAAAUGUUUAAAUGAGACACAAGAACCUGAUGAACUAAGGGAAGAAGGGGAAGAAAUCACCCAAGGAAAAGAUGACGAGGAAUGCAAAAAAGAAGAUUUAGUACCUUUUUUGGACGAGGACGGAGACCUCGACAUCAUGCACCGGCCGAGGAGGAGUCCUGAGGAGGGAGGUGGACGGUCCUUGGUAUGUCCCAUUAUUCUCCAACAGUCCACUCCGGAACUUGAACAAGAAGAAGAGAAUACAGAUGAUGAAGUUGAUAAGUCCUUUGGCAACAUUAUAAGAAUUGAACACACGAUGGCCACAACGCUGGAGGACGUCGGCAAACAGGUUUGGCGAGGGGCGUUCCUCCUGGCUGACUUCAUCCUCUCUGAGCCGCUCAUGUUCAGAGGAGCUACAGUCCUAGAGCUCGGAGCAGGAACAGGCUUAACCAGCAUCGUCAUGGCAACUAUAGCCAAAACAGUGUACUGCACAGAUGUUGGUGAAGACCUUCUGAGCAUGUGCAGCAAAAAUGUAACAUUAAAUAGACACCUGAUGGAGCCUACAGGUGGUGAUGUGAGAGUGAGACUCUUGGAUUGGCUCCAGCAUGACCUUUGUACAGAUGCUGACACAGAGUUUAGCUGGACAGAGGAGGAAGUAGCAGACCUGCACAACAACACUACGAUCAUCAUAGCUGCUGAUGUUUGCUAUGACGAUGAUCUGACCGAUGGACUUUUCCAAACACUCUACCGACUCUGCAGUAACUUCCUUCACAGCUGCACCAUCUUCAUCUCCAUAGAGAAAAGGAUGAACUUCACGCUGCGACACAUGGACGUCUCCUGUGACGCCUACAACCAUUUCUCCCACUGUCUGUCCCAGCUUCAGGAGCUGGUGGACGGACGCUGCAGCUUCUCAGUAGAACAGCUUCCUAAUAACUUUGCACAGUUUCUUCUGUAUGAACGCAUCGAGCAGCUGGAGCUCUGGAAGGUAACUGCUACUCUACUUCCAUUGGAUCAAGGCCGGUCUCGUCCUGAGCUGAUUUCAUCUGGAGCCGACUGAACAAAAAAAAACAACUUAGAUUUAAAAAGUGUUUAAAAAAUCUUGUUUUAAGAGUUAAUUAUUUAUUUUAAGUGUUCAACAUGCUUAUUUUUAGAUUUAAUAAUCUUAAUUUAAGAAAUCUUGUCAAGGUAAAUUAUCUGUCCAUGCAGCAAGAUCUUUUAAUAAUAAUAAUACAUUUUAUUUGUAAUGCACUUUACAUUACAGGAAAUCUCAAAGUGCUAAAUUUCACUCUAAGUUACCAAAUACAAAUCUUCAGUCAACCGUUGAAGGUUUAAAAUGUUUUAAACAGGGAUUAUUAAAAAAAAGGGGAAAUCGAUUUGUUUCUAGUUUUUACUUGAUUUAUGUAUUCUUACAUGGAAAACAUGAUCUGAAGCUAUUUAGAGACGAUAGAAUGUAAAAGAGAGCCGUAUGUCUCCCUGAAUGUUUGCACAAUAUGAGACAGUUUGACUCUUAUUCUUCUUGUCUGAGUAGGAACGAGGUCAAAUAAAGUUUUGCUGUACAUCAAUAA